CGGUCGCGGGAAGUGCUUUGCCACGCGCGUGAUAGGAAGAGAGCACUUCUUGACUCAUUCAAAGUUUUUUGUAAACAGUGUGGGUUUUUUUGAGAAGGACGCGUUUCUGUGUCGACGAGUCGCCGAGAAGCCGGAGUCGGACACCGAUACUCGACUGGAGACACCCGCUUCGACUCGUGUUUGCAGUUUUACUCCAGCGUCGGACGGUGAAAACUAGCGAACUAAGUCCGGGGCCAUUUCCAGCGCUGGAUGGGUGUGUAGCAGCUAGCAAACACGCUCGCGCUCCCUGCGAUGGUCAGCGUUCCUCGGGACGGUCUGGACAUUUAAUACCUUGUGUAUUAGGUAGUGAAACGUUGGGUCGUUUGGUAAUUUUGCAAAAACCAGCGCCUCCGCAGCAGCAGUGGAGAUUUUUCCGUCGACGAAGCCCGGUUGAAGUUGAGAAAAUGUCGGGCUACAGUCGCCUUCGACUCAGAUCUCCUGCCACGAAAAACCGGCCCAUUCGCCAAAAGCUCCAGUUUACGUCCAGCGACGGGGAGGACGAGCUCAUCGAGGACGCCAACAACAGUACCGGAGGAGAGUCCGGCUUCACGGAGAUGGAUUCCCCGGUGCCCCUGCGACGGGACCCCGCAGACAAGCGCCUGGACGGGAGCAGCAGCCCCCUGAACCGGUCCGGCGGCGACGACGACGUGGAGCUUUGGGACGAGGAGGGUUUCGGCUCCCCGUCCCACCUGAGGCCCCGCAGCGGGACGCUCUUCGCCACCUGCUCGCCGUCACCGCGGAAGAGUCCGCGGCUGUACGGGGGGUCUCCGGAGCGCCCCUACGUGCAGGACGACGGGGAGGGCUCCAGCUCGCCGGUCCCGGACUGCCCCGACACCCCUCCGCACAAAACCUUCAGAAAGCUGCGGCUGUUCGACACGCCGCACACGCCAAAGAGUUUGCUGUCCAGGGCCAGAGACACCAGCCUGGGGUAUUCCAGCAGGAGAGUCGCUCUGUUCAAGAAUGCUGAGACCUCCGGGAAGUCGAUCACGGACAGCAGCAAGAGAGUGCAAACCCCCCUGGUCAACUUUAACCCCUUCACCCCCGACUCCCUCCUCAUCCAGUCUGCUACACAGCAGAGGAACAACAGGAAGCGAGCCCACUGGAAUGACUCAUGUGGAGAAGACAUGGAGGCAAGCGACUGUGAAGGAGAGGAGGAAGUGCUCCCACCCUCCAAGAGGAUCACCAUGAUGGAGAGUAACAUGAUGUCCCGCUACGCCUCAGAGUUCCUUGAGCUGGAGAAAAUCGGCUGUGGGGAGUUUGGUGCUGUGUUUAAAUGUGUGAAAAGACUUGACGGCUGCAUCUACGCCAUCAAGAGAUCCAAGAAACCUCUGGCAGGAUCAGUGGACGAGCAGAACGCUUUGCGGGAGGUGUACGCCCACGCGGUGCUUGGCCAGCACCCCCACGUGGUGCGUUACUACUCAGCCUGGGCCGAGGACGACCACAUGCUCAUCCAGAACGAGUACUGCAACGGCGGCACGCUGUCCGACAUGAUCACAGAGAACUAUCGGCGACUCAGCUACCUGUCAGAGCUGGAGCUGAAGGACCUGCUGCUGCAAGUCACGCGAGGACUCAAGUACAUCCACUCCACAUCACUGGUGCACAUGGACAUCAAGCCCAGCAACAUUUUCAUUUCUCUGAAAUCAGUUUCGAGCUGUGACGAAUGUGAUGAAGAAGACGGCCUCAAAACUAGCGUUGUUUAUAAAAUAGGUGACCUCGGUCACGUAACGAGGGUAAACAAUCCCCAAGUCGAAGAGGGCGACAGCAGAUAUUUGGCCAACGAAGUCUUACAAGAGGACUACAGCAACCUGACGAAGGCAGACAUCUUCGCUUUGGCUCUGACUGUUGUCAGCGCUUCAGGGGUCGAGCCUCUUCCCACUAACGGAGACAAAUGGCACGAGAUCAGACAGGGGAAACUUCCUGCCAUCCCUCAAGUGCUUUCACCUGAAUUUCUGAGUCUGCUCAAGCUGAUGAUCCACCCCGACCCGACAAGGCGGCCUUCAGCCUCAGACCUCAUCAAACACCCAGUGCUCCUCACCGCUGCCAGGAUGAGCGCAGACCAGCUCCGAGUCGAGCUCAAUGCUGAGAAGUUCAAAAACGCGCUGCUUCAAAAGGAGCUGAAGAAGGCCCAGCAGGCCAGAGCUGCAGCUGAGGAGAAGGUCCUGUCCACCGACAGGAUCCUGACCCGCUCCACAGUCCAGGCCAAUCCCAGAACCUCCAGACUCAUCGGAAAGAAGAUGAAUCGCUCUGUCAGCCUCACCAUCUACUGAGACUGUAAUCCUCCCUGACCUGAGACAAACAUGGAGGCUCCUGCUGCUGGAGCCAAAGCCGUGGACCGUAGUCUACUGGAGCUCCUCUACACUCUGCCACCAUAGUUCAGCCCAUUUGCCAAUGAACGUUGAAAAUAAUCAUUCCUCAAAGGUAGUUUCUGUACCUUGUACUCAGUCAUUCCUUCACUUUGCAUACGCGUCAGGCUUUCUGUCCCAUCCUGUCCUUGCACUUCCCUCGACGAAGCCGAAGCUGACGCCUGCUGGCAGUGGAUCGGAGCCGCAGCGGAUGAACUCGCUGCCGCCAUGUGCACCUUAACUGCCUGUCAAAUGCCUGAUGCCGCGAUCCAGAAGCUGAGAACUGAUGAUUUGUGUUGGUCAUAGAGCACUUUGGAGGCAACACGUGGAACUUGCCACAUUUGUUUGUUGUUUGUUUAAAAAAGAAAAACUUGCUGCUAUUGAUGUUUUGUGUAUAAGGGUUUGGCCAAUUUCAGGUUGGAUUCUGCUAAAGGUCAAGUAGCAGGUGCCCCCUCCUCCAAAUGUGGCUUUGACUCAUGUUUCUGCUCAGAUAGAAAACGGAUCCCGUUUUCAGAGGAGAACCAAGCUUGUUAAUCUGUGAGGUCAGAGAUGAUCCGUGGUAAUUUUCUUUGUUCGGUGCUGCCAACCCUGCUUCUGUAGCAUUACAACAAUCAUUGUCCUGUUCUUUGACUUACGUUUUUAGUUUUGUGGGUUUUUUUCUUCUCAUUUCCAUGAGGCUGAACUUCAGUGACUGUUAAUAAUAAUCCUCAUGUUUCUGUUUUUCUAACACAAGCUGUUGGUGUAACAUGUACAUAUGUUGUUUAAAUAAAUUCUCACCAAUCAAAC